AUGAAGUUGGAAACUUGUGUCUACUCUGGAUACAAGAUCUAUCCUGGUCACGGAAAGAGAGUUGUCCGUCCAGAUGGAAAAGUUCAAAUUUUCUUGAACAACAAAGCUGUUAAGUCCACCAAGCUGAAGCGUAAUCCACGUGACAUCCGUUGGACCGUCCUCUACAGAAUUAAGCACAAGAAGGGUAACCAUGGACAAGAGACCAUUACCAAGAAGAAGACCAAGAAGACUGUCCAAGUUGCCACCAGAGGAAUCGCUGGACUUUCCCUCGAAGCUCUCCUUGCCAAGAGAAACCAGACCAACGAGUUCAGAAAGCAACAGAGAGACCAAGCUGCUAAGGCUGCCAAGGAAGCCAACAAGGUUGCCCGCGCUGCUAAAGUUGCCGCUGCUAAGGAAAAGAAGGCUGCUGCCCCCAAGGCCCCAGCCACUAAGGCUCCUAAGCAAGUCAAGCAAGCUAAGCCCCAAGUUGGUGGAAAGCGUUAA